UCUCCGUCGAUCCUCAGGCGGUGUGUUGCCGUUCAUCGUCUUCCUCCAUCCCCCCUUCCCUUUGCUUCCAAAAGCUUUUCUCUAUUUCGCGGUUCUUCUCGCUCCUACUACUCUCUCUCUUCCAUGAGACUGCGAAGCCUCGCCGCCCCGACACGGAAACCUCCGCCGCCGCCGCCCUCCUCCAAACCCUAAAGGACCCCCGCCAUCCUCCGCCGCGCGCAUUGCCCCGCCCCGCCCGCCCCCCACACCGCCCAUGGCUUCCAGGGACCAGGCCCUCUCCCUCCUCGCCGCCGCCAACAACCACGGCGACUUGGCCGUGAAGCUCUCCUCCCUCCGGCAGGCCAGGGACAUUCUGCUCUCGAUCGACUCCUCCCUCGCCUCCGAGCUCCUCCCUUAUCUGGCCGAGCUGCAGUCGUCGCCGGAGGGCCUCGUCCGGAAAUCCCUCGUCGAGACUAUUGAAGAACUUGGACUGAAAAUGCUGGAGCAUUCUUGUGUGUUAAUGCCGGUAUUACUGGCAUAUUUAAGAGAUGUUGACUCUGUGGUUGCUAAGCAAUGUAUAAUCAGCGGUACCAAAAUCUUUUGCAGAGUUCUAGAGGAGAUGGCAGUGCAGCUUAAUAUCCGUGGCAAAAUCGAGAGAUGGCUUGAAGAUAUUUGGCUGUCCAUGCUCAAGUUCAGAGAUAACAUUGUUGCCACGGCGAUGGAGCCUGGCGUUAUUAGUACAAGAUUGUUGGCAUUGAAAUUUUUGGAGAGAUAUGUCUUACUUUUCACACCCGACAACAAUGAAUUGGGAAAACCUCUGCCAGAAGGUGGACAGGUGUUUAAUAUUUCACGGCUCACUGGGAGUCACUCUAUUAUUGAUCCCGUUUUGUUCGUGUCAGAAGCAGGGAUGAUUCUCGAGUACUUAUUGGAUAUGUUGUCCGUGACCAGCAGUCUUCCGGGGUGUCUGGCAAUUGCAGUUAUAAAUUGUCUGGCAUCCAUAGGAAGAAAGAGGCUGCAACACUUCAGCACUGUCUUCUCGGCACUGCUUGCUUUCGAUUCAAACUGUGAAACAGGGAAGGGAUAUCAUGCUGCCAGUGUUCGUUAUUCAUUGAGAACUGCCUUUUUAGGAUUUCUUAGGUGUACUAGUCCCGCCAUUCUAGAGUCUAGGGAGAGAUUGCUUGGGACUCUACGAGCAAUGAAUGCAGGGGAUGCGGCAGAGCAAGUAAUUCGGCAAAUGGAGAAGUUAGCUAGAAAUGCUGAGCGUGCAUCACGUGAUGCCCGUUUGGUCAAGGAAGAUCAUUCUUCAAGCCAAAUGUCCACUCUUGGAAGUUUGAUUAAGAAAAGGCCAAUUUCUCAAGAUGAAGAAAUGUUAGCCCACAAUCUGGAAGUGGCAUCCAAGCGAGGUCGAUAUAUUGCUGAUAACAACUCAACUUUUCCAGGUCAACAAACAGCGGAUUCUGGCCAUGGUUCCACCUCUGCAAAUGGUGUAUCUCCCAAUGUUUCAAUGUUAAACGGUGAUUUGUCACCUGUGGAACAAAUGAUUGCUAUGAUUGGUGCUUUGCUGGCCGAAGGAGAAAGAGGCGCCGAAUCACUUGAAAUCCUUAUUUCCAAAAUCCAUCCUGAUUUACUAGCCGAUAUUGUGAUAACUAAUAUGAAACACUUGCCCAAGAUUCCUCCACCUUUAACAAGGCUUGGGAAAUCCGAAGUAACUGGACAAUUAGGUUCUGCAAGUAGUCCAGUACAAGUUACGGCACCUUCUUUUCUUCCUGCAAAUUCUAUUCCAUCUCCAAUGUCUGUUGCGCAGAUACCAUAUUCUACUGCUUCUAUUACCAGCGAAUCAUUUCCUGAAACAUCCAUUGUCAGUAGCGUCUCUACAGAUUCUAAACGUGAUCCAAGAAGGGAUCCCCGCCGCCAGGAUCCACGAUUAGCAGUGCCUCCUGAGGCUGCAUUACCCACUGUGGAUGACUCUGGAGACCUGCAAUCUAAAUUGGAUGAUUUUAAUUCGAAUAAGCCACAGUUAUCUGUUAUGGUGGGUGUUAAAACAGCUUCGUCACCUUUAAUAUCUAAAAAGAAAAGUGAUGAUGAGAUUUUGGGAUCAUCUUUGCAUGAUACCAGUGAAUUAAUUCCAAAAGAGGAGGUUCAGGAUGGUUUUAAGGAAACUAAACCUACUGCUGAAGUUGGUCUUUCUUCAGAUGUAGCAUUUUCUUCUGAACAAAUAACUGAGGAUGAUAUAGUGAAAGCAGAGGACAUGCAGAUGGCUGAAUCUGAGACACCAACGAAUGUGGAAUUAGAUCAGUGUCCUUCAGCUGUUGCAAACAUUGCCGCCUCUGAGGAGACAGGAAAGGACCUACCUGUCGUUCCAUCCUAUAUUGAGCUUAAUGGGGAACAGGAAGCCAAUGUCAGAAAAUUGUUGUUUAAGCAGAUUAUUGAGUCAUGCAAGCAUCCAAAUGGGAAAGAAUGUGGGUCUACGGCAAUGUCAUUAAUUGCUCGACUUGUUGCUCAGAGUGCUGCUGCUGAUGAUUUAGUUGGGAUGCUGAAAAAUCAUAUCCUUGAGGAUUACCAAUUACAAAAGGGCCAUGAGCUUGUGUUGGAAGUCCUCUAUUAUCUACAUUCUAUAUCUGGAUCUGAUUCGGCUGAAAGCUCUGCAUAUGCUGUCACAUAUGACAAAUUUCUCUUGGAAGUGGCUGAAUCUUUGCUACUCAAGUUUCCUGCUUCUGACAAGUCAUUGAGUAGACUUCUUGGUGAAGCUCCAGUUUUGCCCAGUUCUGUGUUGAAACUUCUAGAUGAUCUCUGCAAUUCUGACAUUGCUGAUUACCAAGGAAAAAGUCUGCGUGAUGCUGAUCGUGUCACCCAAGGUCUUAAUGCUGUAUGGAGUUUGAUUUUGGGCCGUCCUCAUUACAGGCAAUCCUGCUUGGAUAUAGCUUUGAAGUGUGCUCUUCAUUCACAAGAGGAAAUCCGGGCUAAAGCUAUUCGUCUGGUGGCUAACAAACUCUUUCAGCUGAGUUAUGUUGCUGAGACUAUUGAGCAUUUUGCAAAAAGUAUGUUAUUCUCAGCUGUUAAUCAGAAUGCUUCAGAUGUUGAGGUUUGCCAACCUGGCUCGAAUGAACAGCCGGAUGAAGGGAAGAUUGGAAGCCAUAAUACUUCCGGCGGUGGUUCUCAAGUUCCAUUUUCAGAGGCUGCAACUUUUGAAAGUGAAUCUAUGGGUGGUGCACAACCCCUGGCUCAGGGCAUCUCUUCUUUAUCUUUGUCUGAAGCUCAACGGCUUGUUUCUUUGUUUUUUGCUUUGUGUAUGAAGAAACCUAGCCUACUUAGCCUUUUGUUUGAUACUUAUGGUCAAGCACCAAGACCUGUAAAGCAGGCUGUGCAUCGCCAUAUCCCAAUUCUUAUACGGGCCUUCGGGUCAUCUUAUUCUGAAUUGCUGCAAAUAAUAUCAGAUCCGCCUCAAGGAAGUGAAAAUCUUUUGAUGCUGGUGCUGCAAAUAUUGACCGAGGAAACGGUACCUUCUCCAGAUCUGAUUACCACCGUCAAACACUUAUAUGAAACUAAGCUGAAGGAUGUUUCGAUCCUUAUCCCAAUGUUACCCUCAUUUUCCAAAAGCGAGGUUUUACCCAUCUUCCCUCGACUGGUGAACCUUCCUCCGGAAAAGUUCCAAAAGGCACUUGCCCACAUAUUACAGGGUUCUGCUCAUACUGGUCCUGCUUUGACGCCGGCAGAAGUGUUGGUUGCCAUACAUGAUAUUGUUCCUGAGAAAGAUGGUGUUCCGCUGAAAAAGGUAAUGGACGCUUGCUCCACUUGUUUUGAGCAACGGACGGUGUUUACCCAGCAGGUGCUAGCGAGGGCUUUGCACCAGAUGGUUGAUCGAACUCCAUUGCCUCUUCUGUUCAUGAGAACAGUUAUUCAGGCAAUUGACGCUUUUCCUGCACUGGUCGAUUUUGUAAUGGAGAUACUCUCCAAGCUGGUUAGUAAGCAGGUUUGGAAGAUGCCUAAGCUUUGGGUGGGCUUCUUGAAAUGUGUAUCCCAGACGCAGCCACAUUCUUUCGGUGUAUUGUUGCAGUUGCCCCCACCGCAACUUGAGAGUUCUUUAACUAAAUAUGCAAACUUGAGAGAGCCUCUUGCUGCCUUUGCAAGUCAACCAAAUAUUAGAGCUUCACUACCCAGGACAACUCUGUCGGUUCUUGGCCUCACAAGUGAAACUGUCGACCAACCACAUGUCUCAUCUUCUCUGACCUCAGGCACAAGCUCUUCAGUCCAUGGAACGACGAUGACGUGAUAUCAUAAAUGCAUGGCUUGAUAGACUGGCCAAACUGUGCUAUACGGCAGCAGACAGGGGGCUGAGGAGGUUGGCAAAUUUGGUUCUUCAAAUUUUUUGAGUAGAAGAUGUAAAUUGGCGGCUCGUUAUGGCGGCUGAUGGCCUUGUCAAAUUGAAGGGGCCACUUCAGCUCUGCUUCCGUUAUGUUCUCCGGGAGGGAUCACCGUUUAAGUGAGAUCCCUCCGCUGCUGCUGCUCCGGAAAUGUACAUUAGUUGUAUAUUUCAUCAUAGUUCGGAUGAUCGGGUUCCUAUUGGGAUAGGCUCUGAAUUUUUUUCUUAUCAUUGUAUUAUAAGAAAUAAUUGAUUCGAAAAAUUGCAGUCAAAAAGCGAAAAAAGGAAAUAGUGCACUAGAUAGCAUUUUACCA